GAAAAAUGCAUGAGUAUUUUGCUGUAGUGAAACUUCAAAUUUGACUGUUCUGUAGUUGAGCUAUGGUUGCUUACCGGCAACCUGCCACAAAUAGACUUAAUUCCAGUUCGAUGACUGGAAUAUGUAUGUACCACCAACGCCGUCAGAUGUCUUCUAUAGUGAGACGAUACCUAAAGACCCAAAGAAGCAUGCUGAAGAGAAAAAGAAACGCCGCGACAGAUAUCAUGCCACUAAAAAGUUAGCGAAAGAUAUGACAGACGAAGAACUUUUGAAGGCCAGACAGAAAUGGAAGGAAACAGCUAGGAGAAGAAGGGAGGAAAAAAGGGCACGGGAAAGAGCAUUUAAAGGCGAAGAUGAUCCGCUUUCAUUGGAUGGGACUAUAAAACAGGAAAAGCAAUAAGAAAUGCAAAAGAAUGGGGAACAUCAAAUACGAGGAAGUCAAUGACGCCUGCAGAAAGACAACGCCAGUGGAGGGCUAAGCAGAAACAGGACCCGGAGAAAUAUGCUGAAAUCAAAAGAAAACAAGCCAAGAGAUAUCAAGCCCGAAAACUUAACAAAACAAAUGUCCAAAAUACAACUUCAGCUUGCCAUACGGGAAUGGAGAUAGAAGUCAAAAAUAAUAGGGGGUUAAAAUGAUUCGGAUGAAACGUUAAAUUAAAAAAGUAAUGUUACCGAUACAAAAGAAUGAACUAAAUAAAUGUAUGCUUGUUUGAGUUAAACAUAAUAGUUAUGGCCAGCCACUUUAACGCAUAUGUAUAACUUAACGUUAACUCUAUGUGAUAUUUAAAUAAUAAGAAGGCAAAGGCUGUGUCAAAUAAACUUUAGCGUGUACGUAUGCGGAAGAGAAGGGCAAUAGCUCUCCAGUGGUUGCUUCAUUCUGUUGCUCUAACUGUACUCUUUCAUGUCUAUUCUGUUAUUCUUACCGAGUUGAGAAAGUGAUAAAAAUGAUUAUGAUCCUCCACUUUUAUCGUUUUCAUUUCGGUCAGGAAAAAUUGCUUCACUCACUUUUACUGUUUCAUUUGAUUUUGUAGUUUACUUAAAGAACUACACUUAAAAUAUGAUUUUAUUUGUCAGUUAUUCUGCCGCAAUUAAAACAAAUACAUUGAUCUUUUUCAC